AGCAGGUUCAAAGACAACCAAGGUGGCCCCCUCUCCCAGAGCCUCUGACGUCUGCAUGCUGGCCAAGCUGACUCGAACUCCCGGAAUUGGACCUACCUUCCUGCUCCCUGGUUCCUGGCCUGUUCUGCACCCGACAAUCUGUUGACCCUAGCCCAGCCUUUACCUCCAACUGGGCUCACACUACUCACUGUUUCCAAAUGCUGAAGCUGCUGCUGCUGGCACUGCCCCUGUUCAGCCUGAUGCAUGCGGUCCCCGCUGUGCCAAGAGUGGGCAUUGUUGGGGGACAGGAGGCACCUGGGAACAAGUGGCCCUGGCAGGUGAGCCUUCGUGCCAAUGAAACCUACUGGAGGCAUUUCUGCGGCGGCUCCCUCAUCCACCCACAGUGGGUGCUCACCGCGGCACACUGUGUGGGACCGACUAUUGCUGAUCCCAACAAGGUCAGAGUACAGCUUCGAAAGCAGUACCUCUAUUACCACGACCACCUGCUGGCUGUGAGCCGGAUCAUCACACACCCGACAUUCUAUGCCACCCAGAAUGGGGCGGACAUCGCCCUACUUGAGCUCAAGAACCCUGUAAACAUUUCCAGCCAUGUCCACCCCGUCUCCCUGCCUCCUGCCUCAGAGACCUUCCCCUCAGGAACAUUGUGCUGGGUGACAGGCUGGGGAAACAUCGACAAUGAUGUGAGCCUGCCACCGCCAUUUCCCUUGAAGGAGGUGCAAGUUCCCGUCGUGGAAAACCAGCUUUGUGACCUGAAGUAUCACAAAGGUGUCUACACAGGGGACAACAUCCACAUUGUCCGAGACGACAUGCUGUGUGCUGGGAACGAAGGACACGACUCCUGCCAGGGUGACUCCGGAGGACCUCUGGUCUGCAAGGUAAACGGUACCUGGCUGCAGGCAGGUGUGGUCAGCUGGGGUGAGGGCUGUGCUCUGCCCAACAGGCCUGGCAUCUACACUCGGGUCACCUAUUACUUGGACUGGAUCCACCGCUAUGUCCCCAAGGACUUCUGAAUCACCUCCAGAGUCAAGGGAGAACCAGAUCUCUGCUGUCCCCUACACGCUGCUUCCUGCCAGGGCGGCAUCCUUGCUUUCUUCUCCUACCACCUCCCCAUCCCUCUGCUCCUCCUCCUGAGCCCCUGGCCACUCCUGUCCCUUCCCCCCAGGCAGCCCCACUAUGUAGCCAGCCAUCCUUUGCUAUGGCUCAUUAAAAUGCACGAAAG